UUCCUCACAGCCUAACACAGGAAUAAAGAAAGGUCUCUGGUUCAACCAGUAAAACUCCAUCAAGACACCUAAUUGUUGUUGAGUGUUGAAGGGAGGGAUAAUGGGGCGACAGAGCAUCGUAGCUCCGCUAUUGGGCACUGAUAUCUCAUCAACAAAUUAUCAUAUUUAUGUCAAGAAGAAUUGGAGUCGCAAAGCUUUGUGCUUCUUUCUUGCAUCCGUAACCAUUAUUGCAACUGUAGGCCUGCUAACUUUUGGAGCCCACUUCACUUGUUGGGUACUGAGAGGAGGAAAAAACUACAGUGAAAGGAUUGAAGUUAACAAAGCUGAGAUUGUCGAGUCAGAACAAGGUGUUGUUGCUGCUGAUGAUGCUCGGUGUUCUGAAAUCGGUGCAUCAAUGCUUAGACAAGGUGGGCAUGCUGUUGAUGCUGCAGUGUCAACUGCUUUGUGCGUUGGUGUUGUUAAUCCAGUGGGGAGUGGAAUAGGAGGUGGAGCUUUCAUGAUUGUCAGGUCUUCAUCAACUUCUAAAACUCAAGCUUAUGACAUGAGAGAAACUGCUCCCGGGGCAGCUUCACAGAAUAUGUAUGCAAACAACUUGAAUAACAAGUAUUCAGGUGCCCUGUCCAUGGGAGUUCCCGGCGAGAUUGCUGGCCUCCAUGAAGCUUGGCUGCAACAUGGCCGUUUGAAUUGGAGGACUCUAUUCCAACCUGCCAUAAAACUUGCCAGGGAUGGUUUUGUUGUUGCUCCCUAUCUUGCAUCUUCCAUUGCUAAAUGUGCCAAAAAAAUCAUGAAUGAUCCUGGGUUGCAGCAAGUGUUCGCUCCAAAUGGGAGGUUGUUACAAGCUGGUGAUAAAUGCUUUAAUCUGGAGCUAGCCCAAAGCCUGGAAGCAGUUGCAGAACAAGGCCCACAAGCCUUUUAUAAUGGCACUGUUGGUGAGAAAUUAGUGAAAGAUGUCAGAGAUGCUGGUGGGAUUCUAACGAUGGAAGAUCUAAAGAAUUACAAGGUGGAUAUAAUGGAUGCCUUAGCUGCAAACUUUACGGGCUACACUAUAUAUGGAAUGCCACCACCUUCAAGUGGAACACUUGGAAUGUCUCUGGUCUUAAACAUCCUCAAUAGUUAUGGAAGUUCUAAAGCUGCAGUGGGAAAUCUUGGUCUUCAUCGCUUGAUUGAAGCAAUGAAGCACAUGUUUGCUGUUAGAAUGAACUUGGGGGACCCUGCAUUCGUAAACACAGCCAAAUACAUGUCUGAAAUGCUUUCCCAAUCUUACGCCAGUAAAAUACAGAAAAUGAUAGUGGACAAUACCACAUUCCCUCCAGAAUAUUACAUGAAUAUGGAAAGUAGGUGGAGUCAGCUUAGAGAUCAUGGAACCAGCCACUUUUGCGUUGUGGAUGCAGAGCGAAAUGCUGUAUCAAUGACAACAACAAUAAAUUAUGGUUUUGGAGCUGGAGUUCUCUCGCCCUCUACUGGAAUUUUGCUCAACAAUGAGAUGGGUGAUUUCUCAGCACCCACAGAGAUAACUCCUGACAUGCUGCCUCCUGCUCCAGCAAAUUUUAUCGAACCCAACAAGAGACCUUUAUCUUCCAUGACUCCUGUUAUUAUCACCAAGGACGAUCAGCUAGCUGGGGUCAUGGGUGGUAGUGGCGGACUUUUCAUCAUUCCAGCAGUGAUACAAGUCUUUCUUAAUCAUUUUGUCUUGGGGAUGGAACCUUUAACUGCAGUUGAGAGUCCAAGGGUCUAUCACAAGUUAAUACCCAAUACUGUAUUGUACGAAAACUGGACAGUAAUAGAUGGCAAGCACAUAGAACUUGCAGGGGACAGAAAAGCUUUCUUGGAGGAAAGGGGUCAUCAGUUGCUGGCUCAGGCAGGGGGAGCUAUUGUCCAGCUUGUUGUUCAGACCCUCCAAAGCCCUAUCCACGUGGACAGCGAAAAUUCGAGAGAUUCUAUAAAUGCCCAAAUUCUCCAUGGAACGCUCACAGCAGUGAGCGAUCCAAGAAAAGAUGGCAGGCCUGCAGCAAUUUGAUCUGUCAGUUUUUUAAGAAAUGUAGCCAAUUGGCAGGAAAUACAGCUGUGAAACAUUAUUAUUCUGUAGAAGAUUAGGCAAUUUAUGCGUAACUCUAAAAAAAAUGUAUAUUUUGUUAGCAAAUUUGAUGUUGGCUGAUGAUACUGCAACUUAAAAAUCCUUCUUCACCUUGGAA